UGAAGAUAAGAGGAACGGGACAGUCGAGAUAUUUCAAGCACUGGAGUGAGGCCCUCUCUGUGCUGCAGUGGAGGGCUUCACGGACACAGCUAGUCUGGCUGGAUGCAUCACGCAGUUGAGCAGUUUGUCGGGCGUGGCACACGGGAUUCCUUCUCUCUGGAUGGACUCAACCGGGGACCCUGGGCUCCCGUGGGCGGCCGCGCCUGGCAGCCACCUGGCAGGUGUUUGCCUGGAAUGAGCCAACACCAGCUCCUUCCCCAUCUACCUCCAAGUCCAAUUCAUGGACUCAAUCAACCCAAUAAAUUCUUUAACAAUGGGCCCUUACGAGGAGGGGAGAAGCUGGAUCUCCCACAGCCAAUGUUGCCGAAUCUGCCGAGGGAGCAGCUGAGGCCGCUUCCUCAUCAUCCUCUUCAUCAUCUUCAUCCUCCCCCUCCUCACCGGGCAUGGGAGCAACUCAGCCAGCUGUACGAAUCCCACCAUCCUCCCCAAGGACAUCCAGGCGUGACUCUCCCCGAGCACUCGCUCCGCCUCCAUAAUGGCGGCUACGCGGGCAGCGGCGGGGUCCCCCCUCCCCCGCAUCUCCCCCCCAGUAGGCCGAACCAACCGCUAAAGUUUGGGGGUCCUCAGGAGCAUCAUGCCCCCCGGGGGCCACCACUGCUGGGGGACGACAUGUGGGCUCAAGUGAAUCAGCAGAGGGCACACGUUGGCAAGAUGUCCGGUAGUCAGCUGAAGAGACCGCGCCCUCAGCUCGGCGAACACUCUGUCAUCCAGCACACUCCAUCGCUUUCUGUGCACGCGCCCACCCGCUCGUCCACGGAGGAUUGGCCCAGCCCAAACAAGAGGAAAAAGAGUUCCGAUCAGGUCUCGCACCCUGGCCAGCAGCGCUUUCCUGGACCGGGCCAGGCUUUGAUAUCUCAGCCCCACCACCCCAAGCCAGCCUUCUGGAACCCCCUUCAGAAGGACAGCAGUAGCUGGCAGCCUCAGAGUUGUGAUCGCAAGAACCCGUCACCACCGGAGUUCCAAGGCCGAACCGAGGCCCACAAACAAGCACUAGGCAGCUACCCCCAAAAGACACCACCGGCCACGCCCUCUCCCUCCACCGCGUCGCCUCCCGUGAACUCGCCCGCUAGCUACAACCCGGGUGGCGGUGCGCCUCCUCUGCAGCGAGACUGCUUUCAACCUCAGGCUGUCAACCAGCACUCUUCCUAUCGCAGCCCCGUUUCCAAACUGGGGGCAGCUCCUCCCUGCCAGGGCAUGGAGCCCCACAGCCAUAGAGGCCCUCUCAUUGCGGCGCCAGCCUCCGCCAGAGGGGACAGAGAUCAGCAUCGGCACGUCCAGUCUUCACCAGCAAAACCCCCAGCCAGCAGCAGCAGCAGCAGCAGUGUGCCUUACAGCCACUUUCAGCCUCACCCAGGACUAGGGCAGCGCGGCCCCCCCGCGCCUCCGCCACCUCCGACCAGUGUCACCUCAGUACCUCAGCAGAGUGGGCCCUAUGACGUGUGGAGGUACCAGACUAGGCCCAGCAACCACCCCCUGGAUUCCGGCUUCUCCAGACCUCCAGAACUGAUACCUCAUCACCAGCAGAGCCACAAUCAGGGUCCAGACAGUCAGCAUCAACCCCACAUCAGCCCGCCCCCCGUCAUCUCCACUCGCACCCCCGUCAUCACCCCGAAUCGUUCCUCCUGCUCCGUCGCUGGCUAUGGCAACCGCCACGGCUCGGACGGCGGUUGCCAGGUGAACGGCGCCAAUAGGAACCAGCGAAGUGAGCCGGCACCCCAAAGCACCACCGGAGGUCCCCACAGAUGCCCCCCCGGCCCUCCGCCGAAUGCCGGCCAGUCUCGCCACGAGGUACGAGGAAGACCUCAAGAAAGCGGUCCCCUCAAGGCCGACAAGGCGAAGACCUCCUUCUAUCCUCAGCCUCAGGUGGCGCAGGUCCCCGCGUGUUCUACGUCGUCGUCUUUGUUCUCCUCAGGGCUCCCCGGGACGGGGGACGGCGUCAUUAUGAGCGGGGCGUCGAAACCCGCUCCCAGUUCUCCUCCCGUGUACUUCCAAUCUUCCGGCCACCGGCAGGCGCAGACGCAGGCGCCGACGCAGGCGUACUGCCAGCGGCAGGUCCACCCGGUUCCCGCUUCGGCCCCUCAGUCCAUCGUGGAGGCGCUGGACAAGCUGGACGCGGAGCUGGAGGGCCACAUGCGAGCCGAGGAGAGGAGGAGGAAGGACAGGGAGGACGAAGAGCGGCGCAAGAGAGAGUCGGAGAUGAAGCGAAAGCACGAGGAGGAGAGGAAGAGGAGGGAGGAGCAAAAGAGGGAGGAGGAGAGGAAGAAGAGAGAGGCGGAGCAAAGGGAGGAGGAGGAGCGGCGUCGGCGGAGGAGGGAGUGGGAGGAGCAAGAGAGGAAGAGGAGGGAGGCGGAGACGCGGCAGGAGGAGGAAAGGAAGAAGAGGGAAUGGGAGAAGGAAGAGCGCAAGAGGAGAGAGUGGGAAAGGCAAGCGGAGGAGAAGAGGAGGCGAGAAGAGGAGAGGAUGCUGAGGGAAAGGAAGGAAGAGGAGGAGAAGAAGAGGAGGAGGAGGGAGGAGCAGGAGCAGGAGGAGGAACACGUGCGGGAGAAGGCUCAAGAGCAGACCGCCAUGGAGAGUCUGGAAAGACUUCUGUGUGGCAACGCCGCCCCGGACGCCCGGCCGCCGGCCCCUGCGGCCCCUGCGGCCCCCGCCUCCUCGCGGGCCUCGCCCCCCUACCCGUGGCUGAGCCGCGGCGGCGCUUCGCUCCAGGGGAGCGUCCACGCCGCACCCCCGGAAAGGUCGCGACCGCCUCCGCUCACGCCGCAGACGGACUACGCCCGGGAGAAGCAGAGGCAGCGGGAGAUGUGGGGCGGCCCCCCCGCGACGCACAUGACCUCAGGGACGCGCCGGCCGCUCUACGCCGGCAAGCCCCCCGCCAUGCAGGCUGCGCCCAAACAGUCCAAAGACCCUCCAACCGGCUCUCUGCCCGCGCUCCGAGAGCCCCCCAAGCUCUAUCAGGCGUUUCCCAGAGAGAACCCGCCGGCCCCCCCUGCGCCCCCGCCCCCGCCCGCCCUGCGCGCUGACAGCUCUCCGUUCGAGGAGGAGCCUUCGGAGUUGUCCACGUUGCUCCCCGACGGCCUCGCCAACAUCAUGGCCAUGCUGGAUGAAUCCAUCAAAAAGGAGGAGGAGAUGUACAGCGGGGGGCUCCUGGAAGCGUUCGCGCCCGGCGUCCCCCCCGUCAAGAAUUACCUUUGCGCCCCCGACCUCCUGCCGGCGCUCAAGCAUCAGGAAGACUUCGGAGCCGACCCCCACGCCAGCCCGCCCGUGCUCAGCCGCCAAGGCUCGCUGGCCUCCCCUUGCAGCUGCACGUCUUCUCUUCCCGAGGAGGCGGAGGAAGAGGAAGAGGAAGAGGAAGAUUACCUCGGAAGCUUCCCCCAAAACGCCGGCGCCGGAGCGGCCAAGAGCACCUACCGCCACAGCGACCUGGCCAAACUUUACGGUCUUCCCGAGCAGGCCAAAAGCGAGGAGGACGAGGAGGACGAGGAUUGCCAGACCCCGUCGUGUUCCCCCCCGCCUCAGAGACCCCACCUCCACCAAACCGACGUCAACAGCGCCUUCAAGUCUCGGGCGGCGGGCACGGAGAGCCAGAAAUACGCCUACCGAGGCGGACCUUUCGGGAGACCCCCGCCGUCGGCGCUGCUCGGCGUCAAAUAUUCCUCGUCGCUCUCGCUGGGACCCGAUAUUUGCCGGCAACAGCGCGGCGGCUCGCCGGCGUCCGAAUCGGCCAACGCUCCUUUCAGUCCGGCGGUACCUCCCCCGAAGCCCUCGCCCCCGCCCCCUCCGCUCGAAAGCGAGAAGCCGAAGGCGGAGACGGCGCCCACCGUCGCGCUUUACCACGCCGUCAAGGAGGAGCGACGUUUGACGACCAUCUCCGAGUCGUCCCUGGCAGAGCUGACCGACCAACCGGAUCAACCCGUGCGCCGCGCCAAAGCCGAGGACGGGCGGGUGAAGGAGCGACGCAAGGACAGGGAGCGGGAAAAAGAGAAGAAGAGGAAACACGGUCACGGCCGCCAGCAGGACGACGCGAGGGAGAGGAAGAAGCGGCGAGACAAGAGGGAGGAGACCAGCUUCUCCUCGUCUUCCUCGUCGUCUUCCGGCGGCGGCCGCAGGCGGCACAAGGAGGGCAAAGGUCACAAGGACAAGAAGGACCGACGGAUACUGUGCGACCUCAACCUCCAGAGCAAGGAGGGAAAGGCCCGCGGUCAUCACGACUCGGAGAAAAAGAAACGCAGGGACGCGUCCGGCGCCGCCUCCGCCGGCGAGGGCGAGCGCGCGGAGUGGAGCUCGAAGAAAAACGGCGACUCGGGCUCGUCGCUGGACUUGCUGAAGCUCAAGGCGCUGUCGGACGGGCCCCCCAAGGAGCUGAAAAUACGACUGAUCAAAGUGGAGAGCGGCGACCGAGAGACCUUCAUCGCCUCCGAGGUGGAGGACAAGAGGAUCCCCCUGGGGGAGAUCAGCAUCCAGAACACGGCCGCCGAAAUCAUCCGAUCUUGCAAGGGGGCCAGAGUGAAAGGGAAGUUCAGGGAGUCCUUCUUGCUGCCGGCCUUCUCCGUCAAGCCAACCAUGACGUCGGAGGAGCCGAUUCCGAGGGAGAAACUCAACCCUCCCACGCCCAGCAUUUACUUGGAGAGCAAAAGGGACGCCUUCUCUCCCGUGCUGCUGCAGUUCUGCACAGACCCAAAGAAUCCCGUCACGGUCAUCCGGGGACUGGCAGGAUCUCUGCGGAUCAACUUGGGCCUGUUUUCCACCAAGUCUCUGGUGGAGGCCAACGCGGAGCAGGCGGUGGAGGUGAGGACUCAGGUCCAGCAGCCGGCGGACGAGAACUGGGACCCCAGCGGGACGGGUCAGACGUGGCCCUGUGAAAGCAGCCGUUCCCACACCACCAUCGCCAAGUACGCUCAGUACCAGGCGUCCAGCUUCCAGGAAAGCCUGCAGGAGGAGAAAGGCAGCGAUGAGGAGGAAGAGGAUGACGACGACAACGACGACGAAGAAGAAGAUGACAAGAAGCCGCCCGGCAACGCGGAAACCCCAACCAAGGACAACGCCGCAAAAGAAAAUGGCAGUGGCGAGCAGAAACCAGCAGGGAAGAUCAUUAAAUUUGGCACCAAUAUCGACCUGUCGGACCCCAAGAGGUGGAAACCGCAACUACAAGAACUCCAAAAGCUGCCUGCGUUCAUGCGUGUGGCAUCCAGUGGGAACAUGCUGAGCCACGUGGGACACACCAUCCUGGGGAUGAACACCGUCCAGCUCUACAUGAAGGUGCCGGGGAGCCGGACGCCGGGCCAUCAGGAGAACAACAACUUCUGCUCGGUGAACAUCAACAUCGGCCCCGGAGACUGCGAGUGGUUCUCUGUGCACGAGAACUACUGGCAGGCCAUCAACGACUUCUGUGAAAAGCACGGGGUGGACUACCUGACGGGCUCCUGGUGGCCCGUGUUGGAGGACCUCUACAACGCCAACAUCCCGGUGUACCGUUUCAUCCAGAGACCGGGAGACCUGGUGUGGAUCAACGCCGGGACCGUUCACUGGGUUCAGGCCGUGGGCUGGUGCAACAACAUCGCCUGGAAUGUGGGACCCCUGAACGCGUACCAGUACCAGCUGGCCCUGGAAAGGUUUGAGUGGAACGAAGUGAAGAAGGUCAAGUCCAUCGUCCCCAUGAUUCACGUGUCGUGGAACGUGGCCCGCACGCUCAAGAUCACGGACCCAGACACCUACAAGAUGAUCAAGCACUGCCUGCUACAGUCCAUGAAGCGCAUCCAGAUCCUGCGUGACCAGCUGGUGGCUCAGGGCAAGAAGAUCUCCUACCAGGGCCGAGUCAAGGACGAGCCUGCCUACUACUGCAACGAGUGUGACCUGGAGGUGUUCAAUUUGCUGUUUGUGACGAGCGAGAGCAGCAGCAGGAAGACGUACGUGGUCCACUGCGAAGACUGCGCCCGCGAGCGCACCCCCAACCUGAACAACGUGGUGGUGCUGGAGCAAUACUCCAUGGAGGAGCUCACCGGCACAUACGAUUCCUUCAGCCUGGUACGCCGAGCCCCCCCCACCGCCCCACCGUCCGCUACGUUUUGUCGCUUGUGCUUUCUCUUACCACGACUCAUCUUUCCUCUCUUCCAGGCCUCCUCUUCAUCCUCCUCUUCCUCCUCCUCCUCCUCCUCGUCACGGUGACAGGAGUCCCCUCCUGCGUGUCGCCAGCCACAACCAAAACUCCUGCGAGUCAGGACAAAAGAAAAGAAAAAGAAAAAAAAAAAAAAAGAACACUUUCAACGUUGAUUCUCGAAGGUAGUUGACUGGGUUUGUUGACUCCCUUUUACUGUUUACAGAUCAAGACGCAGCAGUUUACGCCUCUCGGAUGGUGCUUUGUGAAACGACUCGUUUUUUUUUCUUUUCUUAUCUUUGUUGUCUUGAAUACUGAAUACAUUUGUAUAUGCUGUUUGGUUUUGAAAUUAAAAAAAAAAUAAUAAUUUAUUGGUUUUCUUAAAACUAGAUUCGCCUAGAUAUAUAUACCACAUUGGCCUUGUCACUUGUAUUUAGAAAAGAGGAAAUGGAAAAAAAAAUACUAAUAAGAGAGAUUAUGGAGUUUUUUUUUUUUUUUUUUUUGCUAAAGCAUUAAGAAUUUUGAAAUGUACAAUUGUUUGGAAUGCUUCAAGACAUACGGGUUUUCAGAUUUUUUUUUUUUUUAGGGCUGGGGUUCUUUUUAUCUUUGCUAUCAUUAUUUGAUUUGACAUGGAAACGAUGACUAUUCAAAGUUGUUUUGUCGUCAUUUGGUUGGUGCUCGCCUGCUUGUUUUGUUCCAGUAUGUCCGCGUCCUCUUGGAGAGGGGAAAUUGUACAUUUAAUUUAAAAAAAAAAAACAUUCCCUCUAUUUAUUGGACAACAACAUUUGCCACCCUAAAAAACAAAACAGGGCUUUCCCCUCAUUUUCAUGCUGUCCUUUGAUGAUAGUUUUGCCCCCCCCCCACCCCCUUUCCCCACCUCUGAUGUAUAUGAAAAGAUCUAACGCCACGUUUUCCUGUAGACUAAAAACUCACUGCUCACGUAGAAUUUGUAUGAUCAUCCUUUUUGGGGGGGGGCAGGGUGGGGCGGGGGGGGGGGGUAUUUUUAGAAGGAACUUCAUUGAUUUUAUUCUAUAAUCUGACGAGGAUGACGAUGGGAUAGAUGGUGCUAAAAAUUGUCUGUUUGUUUUCAUCAGAAUUCUAUUUUUCCUGUUGCAAUAUGACCAUUUUCCUUCUUUGUGCUCAUCUAUUUAUAAAUGCACUGUGUAGAAAGUUCGUACUUACACACACACACACACACACACACACACACACACACAUGCACCAAACUGAGCCAGACUUGUCUUAAAACACUUUGUGAACUUGUGUGACAUUAUUCUGACUAUUAAUAAAACCGAGACAAAUUGUA